AUGGAUUACUCCGACGACGACAUCGAAUCAGGGGAUGAUAGUCUAUACACUGACGAAGGGGCCGAUCUCGAUUAUGGAUUUGCCGAGGAAACAUGGAAACCAUCUCAGCUAAGUAGUUACGUAGUUCUCAAGGAAGAAGAUAUUCGCAAGCAACAAAGAGACGAUAUCGAACGACUUUCUACAAUUCUCUCUAUAAGCCAAGCUGAAGCGAUUGUUCUGCUUCUUCACUAUCAUUGGAAUGCUAGUAAAGUCGAAGAUGAAUGGUUUACUGACGAAGAGAGAGUCCGUAAAAGCGUUGGUAUAUUGAAGGAGCCUCUUGUUGAUCUUAACGAGAGACAACAAGUGGAUAAUAAUAUUGAAUGUGGAAUUUGCUUUGAAUCAUAUCUUCAAAAGGAGAUCUCAACUGUUUCUUGUGGUCAUCCUUAUUGCAAUACUUGUUGGACAGGUUUCAUCACUACGGCAAUCAACGACGGUCCGGGAUGUUUGAUGAUUAAAUGUCCCGAACCUUCAUGUUCUUCCGUGGUAUGUCAAGAUAUGAUCGAUAAGGUCAUCUCUAAGGAAGAAGUUAAAGACAAGUACUAUAGAUAUUUGUUUAGGUCUUACGUGGAAGCGAGCGGGAAGAAGAUGAAAUGGUGUCCGUCACCGGGAUGCGAACACGCGAUUGAGUUUGGGAGUGGAAGUGGAAGUGAAGAUUAUGAUGUUUCUUGUUUAUGUUCUUAUGGCUUCUGCUGGAAAUGCGGUGAAGCUGCUCACCGUCCUUUGGAUUGCGAGACGGUGUCGAAAUGGAUACUUAAGAACAGUAGUGAAUCCCAGAACACGACUUGGAUACUUGCGAACACAAAGCCUUGCCCUAACUGCAAACGUCAGAUCGAGAAGAACAGAGGUUGUAACCAUAUGAGGUGCUCAAUUUGUAAACACAGUUUUUGUUGGGCUUGUCUUCGUCCGCUGAAGGAUCACGUGAAGUGCCACAAGUUUAAGGGUGAUGAUGAGACGGUAGUUAAGAGAAAAAAUGCGAAAAAGGAAAUCAAUAGAUACAUGCAUUAUUAUGAAAGAUGGACAAUGCAUCAAUCUUCGUGGCUAAAGUCUAUGGAAGCUUUGAAGAAAUUGCAAUCGGUGCAGCUUAAGAAGCUUAGUGUCAAACAAUGCACACCAGAAACGCAGCUCCAGUUCAUCCUAGAGGCAUGGCGUCAGAUCAUUGAGUGUAGAAGGGUCAUGAAAUGGACAUAUGCAUAUGGAUACUACCUUCCUGAGCAAGAACGAACCAAGAAACAGUUUUUCGAGUAUUUGCAAGGAGAGGCUGAAGUUGGUUUGGAGAGGCUUCAUCUCUGCGCAGAGGUGGAGUUGGAACAGUUUUUCUGCAAAUCUCAAGAUCCAUCCAUAAAUUUCCUUGAUUUCCGGAGGAAAUUAAUUGGUUUGACUGAAGUAACCAAAACUUACUUCGAAAACCUGGUGAAAGCUUUGGAGAAUGGUCUUGCAGAUGUGGGGCUUAAUGAGAGAAAAUCAAGAACAAAACCUAAACCUUCUACCAAGAGACGAAAGUUGGUCAAGUGA